UUUUUUGUUUUUGGUCUUAAAAUUUCCCAGAAACCUCGUCGGCGAAAUUCAAACAAACCAAAAAAAAAGUCUUAAAUUUUUGAGGAUAAUCCAAAAUAUUCAAUAAUUUUUUAUCUUGCAUUGGGGCGCUUAACAAUUCUAUCACUUACAAUUAAAUCGUGAGACGAAGGAUACUUUAGGGUUUCACUGUUACAGUUUUGAUUGGUGAAUUUUAAAAAAAGAUGCAGCAAUCUCCACAGAUGAUUCCGACGGUUCUUCCUUCAUUUCCUCCUACUAACAUCACUACCGAACAGAUCCAAAAGUAUCUUGAUGAGAACAAGAAGCUUAUAAUGGCGAUUUUGGAAAAUCAGAACCUCAGUAAACUUGCAGAAUGUGCUCAGUAUCAAGCUCUUCUCCAAAAGAAUUUGAUGUAUCUCGCUGCAAUCGCGGAUGCCCAACCUCAGCCGCCACCAGCAGCUGUACCAACACCAGGAGCCAUGACUCCCCAAGCAAUGCUUCCUCAUUCGUCAGCAAUGCAGCCACCACCAAGCUACUUUAUACAGCAACAUCAACUAGCUAUGGGAAUGGGAAUGCCUCAACACAUACCUCCAGGGAUUGUCCCUCCAAGAGGUCCAUUGCAAUUUGGUAACCCUCAUCAACUUCAAGAUCCGCAGCAACAGUUACAUCAACAAGCUAUGCAAGGGCACAUGGGGAUUAGACCAAUGGGUUUGAAUAAUAACAACGGACUGCAACAUCAAAUGCACCAACCGGAAACUACUACUCUUGGCCCAAACAAUUCGGGUCCGAACAAUGCUAGCGGUGGAGGUAAACAGGAUGUGAGCCAGAGUGCAGCUGAUGAGCAAGGUGGUUCAGCUGCUAGACAUGGCAGUGGUGAUGCAAAAAUUGAAGGAAAAUGAAUUGGAGGAAGAGGUAAUGAUGCGUUUGUUGAUAUUAAAUAGGUUCUGCCUUUGUUUCAUCAGUUUAGCUGGUAGUCUCUAUGAAGGGUUUUGAGACCAGUUGAGUUUCAGUUCCUAGAUUGGGGAAUGGUUCGCAACUUCAGAUGUAUUUUAUUAAAUCCUUUUAUCUAACGCUGUUGUAUGGUAAUAGUGGCUCCGGUUCAAUGUGAUGUAUGAACCGGUUUAUUAGAAUAACGCUGAAUUGUUACCUCUCCCGCUUUGUGAGAAAUUUAUUAUAAUGCUUGAGAUUUUGAUCAAA